CUAGGCAAGAAAAAACACCAUGUGUUGUUUUGCUGUGUCGUAGAUCUAGACUUCUAGAAAAUCUAGGGGAUGAGACACUUUUUGUCUUUUAUCUUUAAAAUUUUUGUAUAGACUAGCUUACAGCAUGUUUGGCAAGAGCUGAAUCUAAUUUUCAAAGAUAAUCAGUUAAAUAAUGACAGAUAUAAUUUCUAAAAGAUUAUUUAUUGGUGGAUUAACAAGCGAUGUGUCGGCAGAGGAAAUUAUUGAAAGAUUUUCGCGAUUUGGUAAAGUUAGCAACCUGAGCCUGAAAAAUCGUGUUGAUGAAACAGGAAAUCAUGUCAAAUCUUUUGCACACUUGGAUCUGGAGGGAGAUGAAAGUAAGAUAAAGAAAUGCUUCAGCACAUACCAGAACUCAAAGUGGAAAGGUUCAGUUCUAAAGCUGCAGUAUGCUAAAGAAAGUUUUCUAGACAGGCUAGCCAGAGAGAGAGUGGAGGUGCCCGAGCCAUUAAAACCUGAAACAAACAAAGUGAAAGCACCUGGUAAAGAUGACAUCACUGGGGCGCCUGUCCCUGGAACACCUGUGCCUGGCUGGACGAAUUGGGUGGUUGGAAAAUAUGGGCGUGUCCUUCCUGUGCUCAAAUUAAAGAAGUCUUAUAAAAUAAAGAUGGUUAAACACGACCCCUCUAAGUACUGCCAUGCUGCUAAAGUUUUCAAGGAGGAGGCACCAGCAACUGAGCCCAGUUGUGACAAGUUGACUUGGGAGAUUGACACACCUGAGACUGACAUGACAAGAAAAAGAAGAGGACAAUUCCCUGAGUCUGUUGCCAGUAAACCAAAGAAAGCAGCCAUUUUGUUUCACUCACUGGUGAGGCAGACGGAGCCAGCAGCCCAGCCAGAAGAGGAGCUGGAGGUUGUACACGCUGGCUACAAGCUCAAACCUCAUGUGGACAAGAGGAAAUCAAACAUUUUUGACAGCGACAUUGAAAGUGACUCCGAGAUGUUGCCUGUUGACAACACCUGUCAGAAUCAGCCAGGUCAGAGAAAGUCCUCAAAUAAUGUUCACAACAAAAGUAAAGAACUCAAUGUUCACAACAAAAGUAAAGAACUCAAUGUUCACAACAAAAGUAAAGAACUUGAUGUUCACAACAAAAGUAAAGAACUUGAUGUUCACAACAAAAAGCACCUGAAUACCAAAAUCCUUUUGAAUCCAGAAAAUGGAAAUAUCUCUGCAGUUAGAAGAGCUCCUGAUGAUUUGGAAAGAUUUGAGCUGGGCUGUGCUGACACGUCUUCUCAUCCAGCCCCACACCCAACUUUGCCAGCCCCACACCCAACUUUGCCAGCCCCACACCCAACUUUGCCAGCCCCACACCCAACUUUGCCAGCCCCACACCCAACUUUGCCAGCCCCACACCCAACUUUGCCAGCCCCACACCCAACUUUGCCAGCCCCACACCCAACUUUGCCAGCCCCACACCCAACUUUGCCAGCUCACCAGCCAACAAAGAAAAACAAUGCAAGCUCUCAACGAAUGGAGUUUUCUCUUCCUAAACUUCCCAUGUUUCAAGGUUUACGUAUGCUGAAAGAUUUUCCAUUGCCAAAUGACAAGAUUUGUAAGCCUACUGCUGGACUAGUGACCUUAGACAGGGGGGGUGGCGACACCAGUCUGACAUCUAAUGGACAGGGGGGUGGCGACACCAGUCUGACAUCUAAUGGACAGGGGGGUGGCGACACCAGUCUGACAUCUAAUGGACAGGGGGGUGGCGACACCAGUCUGACAUCUAAUGGACAGGGGGGUGGCGACACCAGUCUGACAUCUAAUGGACAGGGGGGUGGCGACACCAGUCUGACAUCUAAUGGACAGGGGGAUGGCGACACCAGUUUGGCACAUGACCAAGAUUCACUAAAUGAGAAGGAUGAAGCCAGGCCUACAGUGAGCCCAUCAUCUCCCACAACCCUGGCAGCCCACCUGACACCCCUGUGGCCAAUCAAGCAACCUGCUAGCCCCAGUGGCCAGUAUGACAGUGACCUAGACAGCAAUGACUUUGAAAGUGUGGUCAAAAAAUUAGAGCAAAAACUGCAAGCAGAAAAAAUGUUGGCUACAGCACAAAAAUUCCAGGAGAAAAAGGAACUCAGAGUUGCUGCCCCUGUCAUCAACACUCAACACUUGGAUAAGCAAGUAACUGACAACGAGAAAAGGUUACAAGCUGUGCGACAACAGAUGAAACUGAAGCAGCAGCAAAAAAACUUGAUGAGCAAAGCUUUGAAAGAUGUGGAUACCAUGGAGAAAAAUGUAGCAAACAGAAUAGUGUUUAGCAGUGGAUCUGAUGCUGACAGUGACAAUAGCUCAGACAAUGAUUGUCAAAAUUCACUCUCGCCGAAAAAAAAUUCAAAAGAUGAUGUUAAAAAGAUAAAAUUAUACAGGGAUAAUAGUUCAAAAGAUGAUAUUAAAAAGGCAAAAGAUGCUUUAACCUUGUUUGAGAGUUCAUCCGAUGAUGAGAGUGACCUUGAGGAAAUGUUUAGGUCAAGGCCACAGUUUGAAGGAGAGAAAGGAGAAAAACUGAUGAAGCUGGACAGAAAAAUUGGGGACUCGCGUUUUAAAAUUGAUGCCAAGUUUGCAGAGUCUGAUAGUGAUGGAGAACUGGUGGAGAAUACUACAGAAGUUUCUACAGGUGAUCAGAGUUUAGCUGAAGAAAAGGCUGCCAGUCUGAAAGUUCUGGAAAGUGUUGUUGGCAAGAGAGUCCUGGAUAAGUUUUCUGAUCAAAUUAAGAGGAACACUAAAUCUAUCAUAGAUAUGAACACAGUUCGUUUUGAUCCAACAAAAUUGAAGGUAGACAAGCCCAACAUUGUCAACAAGCCCAGGGACUUGAAACAAAAAAUCAAAGCUAGCCCACAGUUGAAUGGAACACAGACAGCUGAGGGAAAGACAGACACAUCUAAUGCUGUCAAACAAUCAAUAGACCCAGACCAGACAGACAAAACAAAAGUGCAAGAUGUGAAAUCCAGUGUCAGGCUGACCUCAUCACUAGUCAGCCUGUUUGAAGAGAAGAGUCAUGUCGAGGCAGGUUUCUCUCUCUUAGAUCAGUUUCCUCACCCGCAGGUGGACCCUGAGGAAGGGAAAAGUUCAGAUCUCCCUUCCACCUCUGGCUUGUCUGGACUUUUCACUAAGUCAGCUCAACUUGAUGCUGGCACUACGACCAAGUCAGCUCAACUUGAUGCUGGCACUACGACCAAGUCAGCUCAACUUGAUGCUGGCACUACGAGCAAGUCAGCUCAACUUGAUGCUGGCACUACGACAAAGUCAGCUCAACUUGAUGCUGGCACUACGACCAAGUCAGCUCAACUUGAUGCUGGCACUACGACCAAGUCAGCUCAACUUGAGGCUGGCACUAUCACAGGUGGUUCAGACAACCUCACGCAACAAGAGCCAUCCGAUUCUGAAGGAGAGAGUGACAACCCGCAACAAGAGCCAUCAGAUUCUGAAGGAGAGAGUGACAACCCUGGCUGCCAGAGAUAUGAGCCGUCGUUGGUGGAUGCAACUUCUGAAAAUGGUGACCUUUUGAAAGCAGGACAAAAAGAGAUCAGGUUUACUAAAGAACACUGGCUUCAAAGAUGGGAAGAAAUCAGGCCACUAAUAGUAAAGACAUAUAAGCGGAAACAUAAAGAUGCUUUAAAGAAUCAUUGUUCUCAGAGGGAAACCAAGAGAAAAAAAGAAUUCUUGAAAAAUUCUAAUGGACUGUGGAAUCGAAAGAAAAAAAUAUGAUUUUAUUUCUUGAGAAUUGUAAAUAAAUCCUAUUAAUUUUUAAA